AUGACUGAGGAGCAGGAAGCCAGUCGUCCGGUAAAAAUGACGAUGGGUGAUCAACGUAGCGGCACCCCUCAGCAUCGCCUUCACCUCCUCUCACAUUCCGAUCAACCUACUGCAUUGCAAGCUGUGCGAAGAGCGAUUGACCAGCGAUCGUCCCCUGGAAGCAACAUCACCUCCAAACAGGUUACAGAACGAUCACGACAAGAGAUGAUAUUACCUCUGCGACAUGCAUUCCCGUGUAUUGAGCACGAAAGUGAAAUCAAGGUCAAGCAAGGUCACGAUAAGAGUCAAGGUUUCAGCGCAGACAGCCGCAUGGAUCAACUUGAAAUCCGGAGGAAGAUCAGUAUCGUUCUCGCCUGUUGGCCAACCGUUGUUGCCAUUCUCUGCCCUGAAAGCGAUCACGCCGAACGCGAAGCCAUGGCCGGGGAACGGCAGACCGAAGUAUUUGAGGCUUGGGGUCUAGAGGGGCCAGGUGGAGUCGACACCGAUAUGAAGCGGUUCCAUAUUGGGGUGAUAGAGACCAUUGCAUUGGAAAUGCCGGCCGAUGACGCGCUCAAAGCCCUCGGCGAGGCAAAACAAGCUAGAGUUAAUCGAUCUUCAAAUCCGGAUGAUGAGAUCGCGAGUGAUUAUUGUGACAGAAAAGGCGGCAGAAAUAAGGGACUUGGACUAAAAUUGUCUAAACGAGAUGAAAGUUCUCAAAAAGUCGAUCUUGCCUCCCAAUGUUCCCAAACCGACGAGAACAAUCGACCCAUGAUGAUAGGAGACGAGAGCACAGCGGCCUCUGACGACGAAAUUUCUGAGCAAACUAUGGGAACUCAGCGUCCGGCUCGAGGUGACUCGAUCACUCCGGAACCCCUGGACUCGAACGAGCAAUCAGGUGAUCCUGGGAGUCCGGUGGAUGGUGUCACAUACUCCGGAGGAGUAGAAGGAGAAGAGAGGUAUACAUCUGAUACCGAGAUGCUGGAUUGCGAUUCCCAGGAAGAACAAUAG